GUCAAUGGGCGCGCUCGGCGGGAUGCGGCGGAACGUGGAGGUGAAGGCGCGGCUGAGGGCGCGGGAGGAAGCGCUGAGGGCGGCCCUGAGGCUGCAGGGGCUGGGCUCGGUGUGCCCGGUGUGCCCCGGGGCAGGGCAGGGAGCGCCCCAGGUGUGCCCCGGGGCUGGGCCGGGCACGGGUGAGGAGCAGAAGCCGCCCCAGGUGUGCCCCGGGGCUGGGCCGGGCACGGGUGAGGGGCAGGAGCAGCCCCAGGUGUGCCCCGGGGCCGGGCAGGUGCUGCUCCAGACCGACACGUUCUUCCGGGUGCCGCGGGGGCGGCUCAAGCUGCGCCGGACACAGGAUGGCCGGGGGGAGCUGAUUUUCUACGAGCGCCCCGACAGCGCCGGCCCCAAACUGUCCAAGUUCAGCAUCACCCCCACGGCCGACCCCGAGGGGCUGCAGGCAGUGCUGUCGCAGUCCCUGGGCGUGCUGGGCACGGUGAGGAAGGAGCGGCUCCUGUUCCUGCUGGGCCAGACCCGGCUGCACCUGGACCGGGUGCAGGGGCUCGGGGACUUCCUGGAGCUGGAGGUGGUGCUGCGGCCGGAGCAGAGCGAGGAGGACAGGCAGCGCGUGGCACUGGAGCUGCUGCAGGAGUUCGGGAUCGGGGAGCAGGACCUCAUCUCUGGAGCCUACCUGGAUCUGCUGCUGGCACAGGGGGACAAUGGGGACACCCCCUGAGCCACCCCCCGGGGCCGGCCAGGGACAGCGGGGCUGAGGGCAGGGGCACCUGGUGGCUGUGCCCACCCUGUAAACACGCUGUGACACGCUGUGCCUUGUCCCAUCCCAUAAACACCCUGUGGCCACCCUAUAAACACACUGUGCCUUGUCCCACCCCAAAAACACCCUGUACCCCCUAUGGACACCCUGUGCCCACCCCAUAGACACCCUGUGCCCCACCCCAUAAACACCCUGUGCCCUGCCCACAGACACCCCCAGCCCCAUAAUGCCCCCCAGAAACCCCUGCCCUGUCCCACCCCACAGACACCUCCUGCCCUGUCCCACCCCACGGACAUCCUGUGCCCACCCCACAGACACCCCCAGCCCCAAACUCCCCGUGGAAAUCCCACACUGCCCCAUGGUCACCGUGUCCCCCUGCCCAUGGCCACCGUGUCCCCAUGGUCACCAUGUCCCCCUCCCCAUGGCCACCGUGUCCCCCUCCCCAUGGUCACCAAUAAACUCUGUGCCCGCCCCGUG